AAAGAAACAAUGGUGAAAAGAGGAACAAAGACGAAGAUAGCGAUCAAGACGAUCACGAAGAAGAGUUCCAUCGGACCUGCUUUCUCCAAACGCCGUGAAGGUCUAUACAGCAAAGCCGCUCAGCUUUGUCUUCUCUCCGGCGCACAAGUCGCUGUCUUAGCGACUCCUCUUUCUUCUGAAUCCAACGUCUCCUUCUACUCCUUCGGCCACUCCUCCGUCGACGGUGUUGUCUCUGCUUUUCUCUCCGGACAACGUCCUGUUUCCGUUCCUAGUCUUGAUGAUGACAAAGAGAUGAGGGAGGACGUUGGUAUCUGCUUGACUCGUAAGAAUCUAGGGUUAGGGUUUUGGUGGCAGAACGAGAGCGUUGUUAGAUCGGAGAAUCCUCAAGAGAUUAGUAAAGCUAUCGAUUCCAUGUGGACGUUGUUGAGUAACCUUAAGGAGUUGCGUGCGGAGGAAGCUUUCUUCAGUAAUCACGAGGACCUGAAGAACAACAACGAGAAGAGUGGUGUUGUUUUAGACCGUGUAACCCAAGAGCCGGAUCAAACCCUAACACAUCUCCAGUCUCCAAUUUGUUGCAUCGUCCCUGAUCAGUCCACUUCUCCAGAUGAUUCUCUCAUAGCAGAUACGGCCUUCACUGAUGAUUCACCUGCAGAUAUAAACGAGAUCACUGAAGAACAAGAUCAAAUCCUCGCACUUUGUGAAAGUUUCUGCGUUACGGAUAACAACAACAACAACAAAGGUUCAACUGAAGUAAGCUUGGAUUACAAUCAAGAGUUGGGGAUUGAUCAGCUGAUUGAUUUCGAUACUGAGUUUGAAAGCUCGCUAGAUGAUUGGUUUUCUAACAACACUCAUCAGGAGAAGGAGACUACUGCAAGUGUUUUGACGAAUUCUGAAUCUGGUUAUGAUGAUAAUGUCUUGAUGAAGACAAUGAAUCCAAAUCUGUUCUCUGAGUUUGAAGCCCUUCAAGAUGGAAAUUUGAUGCUUGAGAUGUUUGGAUGA